AUGAAUAAGGACCCCGUCCCUGUGAUCGAUGCCUCUAGCGUGAAGGCAUCUGAACCAGCCAUUGUGGCUGAUUUGGUUGGAAACCCACAAUUCCAACAAUUGUUUGAACAGUUUCCUGCUCUGAGGCCACGACUCAGGUGGAUAUUUGAUGCUUCCACAGAACAACCCGAUUAUCGUCCAGGUCCACGUUACAACAGAUCCAAGACUUCGAAUGAUUCAUUCAAUAGUUCUAAGCUUUCACCUGAACGACGCCUUGCUCGUACGAUGCAUCUGCUGGACAAAGAGCUGAAAGCACCAUCAGCCAAGACUAACGGGAUCAAAGCUUUUGCCGAGAUGGUGGCUCAACUAUCAACCGAGGAACAAGACUCGAGUUAA